AUGGCCAACUCUCACAAGCCCGUCACUGCAGCUAAUCGCUGGCGUAUCACAAACUAUGAUGAGUACUCGCUGGUGCGCGACAUAGAUGACAAGAAGAUGGAAAAGCUCAAGCAGAAGCUGCACACAGAUGACGAACUGAACUGGCUCGACCAUGGACGGACACUCAGGGAGCAAGGUGUGGAGGAAACAGAGAUGCUUCUCCUCAGGAGGAAGUUCUUCUACUCCGACCAGAACGUGGACUCCAGGGAUCCCGUCCAGCUCAACUUGCUUUACGUGCAGGCCCGAGACGACAUCCUGAAUGGCUCCCAUCCAGUUUCCUUCGAUAAGGCCUGCGAGUUCGCUGGAUAUCAGUGCCAGAUCCAGUUUGGUGAUCACAAUGAGUCCAAACACAAACCCGGAUUCUUAGAUUUGAAAGAGUUUCUCCCAAAAGAGUAUGUCAAGAACAAAGGAGAGAAAAAGAUCUUUCAGGCCCACAAAAGCUGCCAAAAUAUGACAGAAAUUGAAGCCAAAGUUAGCUAUGUUAAACUUGCCAGGUCCCUCAAAACAUAUGGAGUGUCAUUCUUCCUAGUGAAGGAGAAGAUGAAAGGCAAGAACAAACUGGUCCCCCGCCUGCUGGGCAUCACCAAGGAGAGCGUGAUGCGGGUGGAUGAGAAGACCAAGGAAGUGAUCCAGGAGUGGAGCCUGACCAACAUCAAGCGCUGGGCUGCCUCGCCCAAGAGCUUCACCCUGGACUUUGGAGAUUACCAAGAUGGAUACUACUCUGUCCAGACGACUGAGGGGGAGCAGAUCGCACAGCUGAUAGCCGGCUACAUCGAUAUCAUCCUUAAGAAGAAAAAGAGCAAGGACCAUUUUGGCUUAGAAGGAGAUGAGGAAUCCACGAUGCUGGAAGAUUCUGUGUCGCCCAAAAAGUCGACAGUCCUCCAGCAGCAGUCCAACAAGGUGGGGAAGGUAGAGACUGGCUCUGUCGCUUUACCUGCCAUCAUGCGGUCCGGCGGCGUCGGCCCAGAGAGCUUCCAGAUGGGCUCCAUGCCCCAGGCCAAGCAGCACAUCACCAGCGGGCAGAUGCACAGGGGCCACAUGCCACCACUGACAUCUGCUCAGCAGGCCCUGACGGGCACCAUCAACUCCAGCAUGCAGGCCGUCCAGGCGGCCCAGGCCUCCCUGGAUGAGUUCGACACCCUCCCUCCCCUGGGCACCGACGCUGCCUCGCAAGCGUGGCGCAAGAACAAAAUGGACGAGUCGAAGCACGAGAUCCACUCGCAGGUGGACGCCAUCACAGCAGGAACUGCAUCUAUGGUCAACCUUACAGCAGGUGACCCGGCGGAGACGGACUACACCGCGGUGGGCUGCGCUGUCACCACCAUCUCCUCUAACCUGACGGAGAUGUCCAAGGGUGUGAAGCUCCUGGCUGCCCUCAUGGAGGAUGAAGGCGGCACUGGGCAGCAGCUGCUGGGGGCGGCCAGGAACUUGGCCUGUGCCGUGUCGGACAUGCUGAAGACCGCCCAGCCGGCCAGCAGCGAGCCUCGUCAGAACCUCCUACAAGCUGCCGGCAACGUGGGUCAGGCUAGUGGGGAGCUGCUGCAGCAGAUAGGCGAGAGCGACACAGACCCCCGGUUCCAGGACAUGCUGAUGCAGCUGGCCAAAGCUGUGGCCAACGCCGCCGCAGCCCUGGUGCUCAAAGCCAAGAACGUGGCCCAGAAGGCAGAGGACUCCGCCCUGCAGAACCGCGUGAUCGCCGCCGCCACCCAGUGCGCCCUCUCCACCUCCCAGCUGGUGGCCUGCACCCGGGUGGUGGCCCCCACUAUCAGCUCGCCUGUGUGCCAGGAGCAGCUGAUUGAGGCAGGGAAGCUGGUGGCCAAGUCGGUGGAGGGCUGUGUGGAGGCAUCGCAAGCUGCCACCAGCGACGAGCAGCUGCUGAAGCAGGUGGGCGUGGCCGCCACCGGCGUCACCCACGCCCUGAACGAGCUUCUGCAGCACAUCAAGCAGUACGCCACCGGGGGGCAGCCCAUCGGCCGGCAUGGCGAGGCCACUGACCGCAUCCUGGAUGUCACCGAGAACAUCUUCAGUUCCAUGGGUGAUGCUGGUGAGAUGGUCCGACAGGCUCGCAUCCUCGCUCAGGCCACCUCUGACCUGGUCAAUGCCAUCAAGGCCGACGCCGAGGGGGAGUCAGACCUGGAGAACUCGCGCAAGCUUCUCUCCGCCGCCAAGCUGCUGGCCGACGCCACAGCGAAGAUGGUGGAAGCCGCCAAGGGCGCAGCUGCCAACCCUGACAGCGAGGAGCAGCAGCAGAAGUUGCGGGAGGCGGCAGAAGGCCUGCGUAUGGCCACCAACGCCGCAGCGCAGAAUGCGAUCAAGAAGAGGCUGGUCAACAAGCUGGAGAAUGCAGCCAAGCAGGCGGCUGCCGCAGCCACGCAGACCAUUGCAGCAGCACAGCAUGCGGCCUCAUCUAACAAGAACCCAGCUGCGCAGCAGCAGCUGGUGCAGAGCUGCAAGGUGGUCGCAGACCAGAUCCCCAUGCUGGUCCAGGGGGUACGAGGCAGCCAGUCGCAGCCGGACAGCCCCAGCGCCCAGCUGGCCCUCAUCGGAGCAAGCCAGAACUUUCUACAGCCUGGAGCGAAGAUGGUGACAGCCGCCAAGGCCACUGUGCCAACCAUCAGUGACCAGGCAUCCGCCAUGCAGCUCAGCCAGUGCGCCAAGAACCUGGCCAACGCCCUCGGGGAGCUGCGUACCGCCGCCCAGAGGGCACAGGAAGCCUGUGGCCCCCUGGAGAUCGACAGCGCCCUCACCGUGGUGCGUGGCCUGGAGAGGGACAUGCAGGAGGCCAAGGCUUCGGCCGCGGAGGGGAGGCUCCGCCCACUGCCCGGGGAGACGCUGGAGAAGUGUUCCCAGGACCUGGGCACCAGCACAAAGGCUGUCAGCUCUGCCAUUGCCCAGCUGCUGAGCGAGGCCACCCAGGGCAACGAGAAUUACACCGGCAUGGCGGCACGCGACGUGGCUCAGGCCCUGCGCUCGCUGGCCUCGGCUGCCCGUGGCGUGGCCGCCAACACCGCCGACCCCCAGGCUCGCAACGCCAUGCUGGACUGCGCCAGCGACGUCAUGGACAAGUCAGCCAACCUCAUCGAGGAGACCAAGAGGGCCAUCGCCAAGCCUGGCGACCCUGACAGCCAGCAGAGGCUGGCCCAGGUGGCGAAGGCCGUUUCCCAGGCCCUGAACAGAAGUGUGAACUGCUUGCCCGGACAGCGGGAUGUGGACAACGCCAUCAGGACGGUCGGGGAGGCCAGCAAGAAGCUCCUGGCUGAUUCGUUCCCGGCGAGUGGGAAGAGCUUCCAGGAGGCGCAGGGCAACCUGAACCAGGCCGCUGUCAACCUGAACCAGUCCGCCAACGAGCUGGUACAGGCCUCCCGUGGCACAACCCAGGACCUGGCCCGGGCCACCGGCAAGUUCGGCAAAGGCUUCAGCGAGUUCCUGGAGGCUGGCGUUGAUAUGGCCGGCCAGUCACAGUCCAAGGAAGACCAGGCUCAAGUCGUCACCAAUCUCAAGACCAUCUCCAUGUCAUCCAGCAAACUCCUCCUGGCAGCCAAGGCCUUGUCCACUGACCCCAACGCCCCCAACCUGAAGAACCAGCUGGCAGCCGCAGCUCGCGCUGUCACUGACAGCAUCAACCAGCUCAUCACCAUGUGCACUCAGCAAGCCCCCGGACAGAAGGAGUGUGACAACGCGCUCAGGGAGCUGGAGACUGUCAGAGGGAUGCUGGAGAACCCAACUGAGGCAGUCAACGACAUGUCCUACUUCGACUGCAUCGACAGCGUCAUGGAGAAUUCCAAGGUGUUGGGAGAAGCCAUGGCGGGAAUUUCCCACAAUGCCAAGAGCAGCAACCUGCCAGAGUUUGGGGACUCAGUCAGUUCUGCUUCCAAAGCCCUGUGUGGGCUCACCGAAGCUGCUUCUCAGGCCGCCUACUUGGUUGGUGUCUCGGACCCCAACAGCCAUGCGGGCCAGAAGGGGCUGGUGGAUCCAGCCCAGUUCGCCCGAGCCAACCAGGCCAUUCAGAUGGCCUGCCAGAACCUGGUGGACCCGGCCUGUACGCAGUCACAGGUUCUUUCCGCCGCCACUAUUGUUGCCAAACACACAUCGGCCCUCUGCAAUGCCUGCCGCCUCGCCUCCUCGAAAACAUCCAAUCCUGUUGCUAAGCGACAGUUUGUCCAGUCCGCCAAGGAGGUGGCUAACAGCACGGCUAAUCUCGUCAAGUCUAUCAAGGCCCUGGACGGAGCAUUUAACCAGGAGAAUCGCGAGAAGUGCAGGGCGGCCACGGGGCCCCUGAUCGAGGCCGUGGACAACCUCACUGCCUUCGCCUCUAACCCCGAGUUCGCCAGCAUCCCUGCCCAGAUAAGCCCAGAGGGUCUGGCGGCGAUGGAGCCCAUCCUGCACGCAGCUCAGACCAUGCUGGAGAGCUCCACGGGCCUGAUCCAGACCGCCCGCUCCUUGGCAGUCAACCCCAAAGACCCGCCCAAGUGGUCCGUGCUGGCGGGCCACUCCAGAACUGUGUCGGACUCCAUCAAGAAGCUCAUAACCAACAUGAGAGAUAAGGCUCCUGGGCAGAGGGAGUGUGACGAGGCCAUUGAAGUCCUCAACAACUGUAUCCGUGAUGUGGACCAGGCGUCCCUGGCUGCCAUCAGCCAACAGCUCACUCCUAGAGAAGACAUUUCUCAGGAGGCACUCCACGAGCAGAUGGCAGCUUCCGUGCAUGAGAUCAGCAAUCUGAUCGAACCUGUGGCUAUCGCUGCUCGCUCAGAGGCCUCGCAACUGGGACACAAGGUGUCCCAGAUGGUCAGCUACUUUGAGGCACUCGUCAUGUCCUCCGUCGGCAUGGCCUCUAAGAUCCUCAACAGCCAGCAGCAGAUGAACGUGCUGGACCAGACCAAGACCCUGACUGAAUCUGCGCUGCAGAUGCUCUACACGGCCAAAGAAGCCGGAGGCAACCCUAAGGCAGCCCACACCCAAGAAGCCCUGGACGAGUCAGUGCAGAUGAUGAAAGAGGCCGUGGACGACCUGGCCGCCACCCUCGGCGAGGCCGCAAGUGCUGCAGGGGCAGUCGGCGGCAUGGUGGAUUCCAUCACGAAGGCCAUGAACAAGAUGGAGGAUGGACCAGCAGAUGAACCAGAGGGUGCCUUUGUGGACUACCAGACUACCAUGGUGAAGACAGCAAAGGCCAUUGCAGUUACUGUCCAAGAGAUGGUGACCAAGUCCAACAAUAAUCCUAACGAACUCGGAGGCCUGGCAAACCAGCUGACGAACGAAUUUGGAGAGCUUGCCAGCGAAGCGAAAUGUGCAGCCAUCACGGCAGAGAGUGACGAGAUCGGCUCGAACAUCAAGAAACAGGUCCAGGAGCUGGGCUUUGGCUGCACUAGUCUGGUGACCAAAGCUGGAGCCUUGCAGUGCAGCCCCAACGACUCCUUCACCAAGAAGGAGCUCAUUGAAAGUGCCCGCAAGGUCUCGGAGAAGGUGUCGCAUGUGCUCGCUGCGCUGCAGGCCGGUAACCGUGGCACCCAAGCCUGCAUCACAGCAGCCAGCGCCGUUUCUGGUAUUAUCGCCGACCUGGAUACCACCAUCAUGUUCGCCACGGCAGGCACCUUGAACCGGGAGAACGCAGAGACCUUCGCUGACCACAGGGAGAACAUCCUGAAGACCGCCAAGGCCUUGGUGGACAACACCAAACAGCUGGUAUCCGGGGCUGGGGCAGGUCAGGAGAAGCUGGCACAGGCGGCUCAGUCGUCCGUUAUGACCAUCACCAAUCUGGCGGAUGUAGUGAAACUAGGAGCGGCGAGCCUGGGGGCCGAGGACCCCGAGACACAGGUGGUCCUCAUCAACGCCGUGAAGGACGUGGCCAAGGCCCUCGGCGACCUCAUUAGCGCCACCAAGGCCGCCGCAGGCAAACCUCACGAUGACCCCGCCAUGCUGCAGCUCAAGAGCUCUGCUAAGGUGAUGGUGACCAACGUGACCUCGCUCCUGAAGACCGUAAAGGCCGUGGAAGAUGAAGCCACUAAAGGAACGCGAGCCCUGGAGGCCACGAUCGAGCACAUCAAGCAGGAGCUGGCCGUUUUCAGCAGUGCUGACCCGCCCCCAAAGACAGCCACCCCGGAAGAGUUCAUCCGCAUGACCAAGGGCAUCACCUUGGCGACGGCCAAAGCAGUGGCUGCUGGGAACUCAUGCCGCCAGGAGGACAUCAUCGCCACGGCCAAUUUGAGCCGGAGAGCGAUCGCCGACAUGCUGCACUCGUGCAAGCAAGCAGCCUACCAUCCCGACGUUGGCUUGGAGGUGCAGAUGCGCGCCCUGCGCUUCGGAAAGGAGUGUGCCAGCGGCUACCUUGGCCUUCUGGAGCACGUGCUGGUGCCGAUCAUCCAGAAGCCGUCCCACGAUCUGAAGCAGCAGUUAGCGGCCUACUCCAAACGCGUGGCGGGCUCUGUCACCGAGCUCAUUCAGGCUGCGGAAGCCAUGAAGGGUAACCCGACCCUCUCCAGCCUGCCUGCUCCUCAAUCUGUAGGCCCCGCCCCAUUAUCCAAGACCCUGCCCCCAGCUCCCAAAUGCUCCACCUACUCGUAUGCUCGAAUGGUCGCCGCGGCAACCAACAACCUGUGCGAGGCGGCAAACUCCGCAGUGCAGGGCCAUGCCAGCGAGGAGAAGCUCAUCUCCUCGGCCAAGCAGGUGGCCGCCUCCACCGCACAGCUGCUGGUGGCCUGCAAGGUCAAGGCCGACCAGGACUCCCAGACCAUGAAGAGGCUCCAGGCCGCUGGAAAUGCCGUGAAGCGGGCCUCGGACAACCUAGUGAAGGCGGCACAGAAAGCAGCCUUCGACGUCCACGACGACCAGGACGUUGUGGUCAAGAACAAGAUGGUUGGUGGCAUCGCUCAGAUCAUCGCGGCUCAGGAGGAGAUGCUGCGCAAAGAGCGGGAGCUGGACGAGGCCCGCAAGAAGCUGGCCAUGAUCCGGCAGCAGCAGUACAAGUUCCUCCCGUCAGAGCUGCGGGAAGAUAGGCAAGACCAGUGAGGCAUGCCGACCCGGCAAGGGGCCCUCGCAGGGUGGAGGCGAGGCGAGUCGAGGCUCGUGGCUGAGUAACCAAUCGGCUGCUUAUCCAGGCAGCGACAUCAUGGUAUUACGCUUAUGGAAGCAAUAUGGCUACGCGAUCAAAGAAAACAUGUUCGUAAAAGAGUUAUAUUGAGUUUUCUAUUUUAAUUUUUUUUCUGUUCAUCACACAUAAAAAGCUUCACGGUGCCACUUGUUUGUUUGAAUGAUGUAUGCAUAUUUGUCGAGAAACUGUGUUUUUAUUACUUCUAUGUGGUUAACUUGGUGAUUAACUGUAGGUUAGCAUCCGCUCGCUCAUUCAGCGACCGUGGCUAUGGCUUUAUUGAAAAACAAACAAAAAAAAAACAUCAAGGCAAAUUCCUGUUUCAGCUUCGAAAUGCAUUUCGGUGAGCAAAAAACAUACACCUUCGCAAGGGUCUGUUUUUGCUGUCGCUUAAUUAUUAGGAAAUUUCAGUUGCCCCAAUGAUGACUCGAGGGUGAGAUUUUAACUUUAACUCUUAUUUCACUGAGUAAUCGGACAACAGUCUUCAUCGUAAGAACUUAAUUUUCAAGCUGUGCGGAACCUUCAGACCCUCUGGAAGGUUCUGCGGAGAGCACCUUUCGACCGGAGCAGCAGGACGAGACUCAGUCCAGGACAUUCAGGGUGCAGCUGUUGCAGUUUGGACCAGAAGUGCAAUGAUUGAUUUUUGCGUUGAUACAAUUCAAGAAGGCAUACAUAUCAUUUUUUUUUUUAAAGCAAUGAAAUGUUACAAAUGAUAUCUUCUAUUAAAUUUAUAUAUUAAUAAAGUGUCUGAGGUUUUUUUUUCCAAAGGGUCUGCUUUUAGAGCAAUGUAUAUUAACACUCAGUAUAUCUUAGUAGUUUUCCUGAGUUUUAUAAAAAAAUUUAUAAAUUGCAUUUUUAUGGCUAAUGCUCGAAGGUCAUGCUCUGGCUACCCCCAUCGGUGUUUGUGCCUAAAUUUUACAUAUAUGGAUGUUCUACAUCGAUAUUAAUACUAUAGGUACAGAUAAACAAUUUCAGCAUUUGAAAUUGAAUCGACAGUUUAUCAAUGUGAUCUGAUAAAUAUUUCUAUGAUAAAUAAUAUAUUUUAUUUAUCCAGUGUUACCUGUAUAUGAUCAAAGGCCUUCGUCGUACCUUCCUGUCCAGUCGGAUUGCCACUGCAUCAGAAAAGUGCCUGUGUAUGUAUUUUAUAUGGUAUUGUGUUUGUGAUGGUUAACCUUUCCUUGUCUCCAAGUGCACUUAUCAGAUUCUUCAGUUUCUAAAGUCAUGGAAGUCCACUUUUCAAAGUUAUGUCUUUUUCUCUCUCUCCUUUUCGGUCUUUAUCUUUACUGAGAGUUUGUAUAAGCUUUGGUCCAUACAAACAGAAUUGACAGACCUGAGGUUCAGACAAUCUGUUGGUCAGGAGCAUCCGGCUGGCCGAACAUUAUAUUUUGGAUUCUAUGGUGUUUUUUUCCAUUUUGCUUUUUCAUUUUGAUACUCUAUCAAUCAAUUAACAGUGCUUUUGGGGGACCCGUCUUUAUGUAAAGAACAGUUAUGUUUGGAAGCAUUUUCAUUUAAUAAAGCUGGUUUAUAAAGAAA